AUGCCUACCGGCAGCUGUUUCUGCGGGAAUAUCAAGGUCGAGUACAGUGGCGAGCCCGCCAUGUCGGCCCUCUGCCACUGCAGUGACUGCCGCAAGAUCUCGGGGGGCAACUACAGCAACAACAUCGUCGUGCCGUCCACCAACUUCAAGAUCGUAUCCGGCACCCCCAAGACCAUCACGGUCACCGCCGCGUCCGGCAAGCCCAUCACCAACAGUUUCUGCGGCGACUGCGGGACAACACUGUGGCGGCACGGCGACGCGUUCGGCGGCAUUGACGGCAUGCGCAUCAUCAAGGCGGGCAUCCUCGAUGACGUGGACGUCAUCAACAGCAUCAAGCCCGGCGCCGAGCUGUUUGCGCCCGAGCGCGUGAAGUGGGUGGCUGCCCUCGAUGACGCCGGGCAGAUUGAAGCGAUGCCGCCCUCGUAG